AUGGUGAGAGAGAAGAUCAAAAUCAAGAAAAUCGAUAACAUCACGGCAAGGCAGGUGACUUUCUCCAAGAGGAGACGAGGGCUUUUCAAGAAAGCUGAAGAGCUUGCUGUUUUGUGUGAUGCUGAUGUUGCCCUCAUAAUCUUCUCAGCCAUUGGCAAGCUCUUCGAGUUCACUAGCUCAAGCUUCAACACAUUCCAGCAAAUUGCAACUGCUUAUAUUGCUUCUCCUACUCCAUAUUUGAGGACAAAUCUAUUAGAGGAUAAGCGGCUCUUUACUCGCUUGGACGACAUCGAAUAUUGGUUGGGACGGAUGGACACGCACUUGGAGCAGAUUGAAUAUCAUCUAGGCAUUCCUCUACCUCAUGAUAGCGAUGAAGACAAAGCCAAUGAUUGA